ACUGAAGAAGUUAUAUAAAUCACCAUUAUAUUCAAAGGCUUUUAUAUAUACAUAUAUUUGAAAGAAAAAAAAAAAGCAAAAGCAAUCAAUCGAGGUCAUGAAAUCGCCGCAUGUAUUGGCGGUGCCGUUUCCUGCACAAGGGCACGUUAAGCCACUCAUGAAACUAUGCCGACAGAUAGCCAAACGUGGGAUUAAGGUUACCUUUGUGAACAUCCAGAGUAUACACGAAAAAAUUGUUGCUGCUGAUAAAAACACGUCGGUUGAUAAUAAUAAUGAGGAGGAUAAUAUAAUCCUGGUCUCGAUCCCGGAUGGACGGAGCCCGGAGGACGAUCCGAACGACACUAUCAAGCUGUUGGAAACUCUCAGGCAUAGUAUGCCUGGAUUUGUGGCGGAUUUGAUCGAGGAAAUUAAUGGUUCGAAUCCCGACCAGAGAAUUAGCUGUUUGAUUGCUGAUGUCACCAUGGCGUGGAUUUUCGAAACUGCUGAGAAAAUGGGAGCGGUGCCGGUUGCUUUUUCGCCCGCUUCGGCUGCUGCCAUCGCCCUUGUGCUCCACACUCCGGAGCUACUCGAGCAAGGUUAUCUUGACACGAAUGGAACUGUAACGAAAGGUGAUAUAGUUAGCCUGUCGGAAAAUGUACCCGCCUGGACAAAAAAUGAACUCGCAUGGAGCGCACCCGGCGACCUACAAACACAAAAGAUCUUCUUCGACUGUUCGGUAAGAAUUCCAGAAACAGUGAAUCAGGCCAAGUGGUUGCUCAGCAACACUUGCUACGAAAUCGAACCUUCCGCCUGCGAUUUGAGCCCGAAUUUACUCUCGAUCGGGCCGUUACUCGAAUCGCAAAACCCUAAAUCCCCUUCAAAUUCCUGCAGUUUCCACCCCGAGGACGAAUCCUGUUUAGCCUGGCUGGACAAUAAACCGCCCGAAUCGGUGGUUUAUGUUUCCUUCGGCAGUUUGGCGGUUUUCUCCCAGCAGCAGCUGGACGAGCUGGCGUUCGGGCUGGAGAAUUCGGGCCGGGCUUUUCUGUGGGUCGUCAGGUCGGACCUCGCGAACGGGUCGCGGGCCGUGUACCCGGAUGGGUUCCUGGAUCGGGUGGGGGAGGUCGGGAAGAUCGUGGAGUGGGCCCCACAGGAGAGGGUUCUCUCUCACACCUCCACUGCGUGUUUCGUGUCGCAUUGUGGAUGGAAUUCGACUGUGGAAGGUGUGGGCAAUGGGGUGCCGUUUUUAUGCUGGCCUUAUUUCUCGGACCAGUAUCAUAACCAGAGUUACAUCUGUGACAAGUGGGAGAUUGGAUUGAGAAUCGAACCCGGAGAAAACGGGAUACGAUCGGCAGAUGAAAUCAAGGGCAAAAUCGACAAAAUGUUUUGUGACGAUAGAUUGAAGAAAAAUGCAGUGAAGAUGAAGGAAGUGUGUGCAAAGAGUGUGGGUGAAGAGGGUUCUUCUUACAAUAAUCUUGAGACAUUUAUUGAUCAUCUUAUGAAGUGAGGGUGUGAUUUCGAGUGUUGUUGUUGUGAUGUUUUUUUGUGCGAUUUCUUGUAAUAAUGAUCUCAUAAUGAAUGCAUCCACUAAAUUACUCUUUUAUUAACCAAA